GAUGGUCGCAGAAAAGCGUGAUGCUAAUGUGGCUGCUUCGAAAGGGGAUGCCAACCGAAAAAGCGUGAAGAUCGAGGACUGUCCCACGUAUAGUCAUUCCUCAGGUUCGUCUGUCAACGAGAUGGUCAACCAAAGUGGUGGAGAUUCUGAGGAUUCGACUUCACCAAGAGCCGCUGGAUGUCGUACGAGAAGACGAACGAUGAGUGGAGGACGUGCUGAACAUCAUCUUCUUACCACUAAGACCGGCAAGAAAAUAUAUACGAAAGGACGUCCACCAUGGUAUGACAAGAAGGGAAAGUCACUGAAACAUCCGUUCGUAAUUGGAGUUUGUGGAGGAUCUGCCAGUGGGAAAACUACUGUCGCCGAGAAAAUCGUCGAACGACUCGGAAUACCAUGGGUCACGAUUCUUUCAAUGGACAGCUUUUAUAAAGUUCUGACGCCGGAAGAAAUCAAAGCAGCACAUGAAUCAAGAUAUAAUUUUGAUGGGCCAAAUGCUUUUGACUUUGAUUUGCUCUACGAAGUUUUGAAACGACUUCGUGAGGGAAAGAGUGUUGAUGUUCCGGUUUAUGAUUUUAAUACUCAUUCAAGAGAUCCGAAUUCGAAGAUGAUGUAUGGAGCUGACGUUUUGAUUUUCGAAGGAAUCCUCGCGUUCCAUGAUGAGCGUAUCAAGAAUUUAAUGGACAUGAAAGUGUUCGUCGACACGGAUGGAGAUCUUCGUCUAGCUCGUCGUAUCGUUCGGGAUGUCACUGAUCGUGGGCGUGACAUCGACGGCAUCAUGGAGCAGUACUUUACAUUUGUAAAACCGGCGUUCGACAAAUACAUUGCACCAUGCAUGGAUUCGGCUGAUCUCAUCGUUCCGCGCGGUGGAGAGAACGACGUCGCCAUCGACAUGAUCGUGCAGAACGUGAUGGCACAGCUCGUUGAACGCGGAUACGAUCGCAAUCAGAACAACCGUGAUCGUCACGAUUUGGUUCGCGACGAUCUACCGGAUUGUUUGCCGGAAAACCUGUUCAUUUUAAAAGAAACUCCACAGGUCAAAGGUCUUGUCACGUUUGUUCGUGAUCGAGAAACGAGUAGAGACAAUCAUAUUUUCUAUUCUGAUCGAUUAAUGCGUAUUCUUAUUGAAGAAUGCAUGAAUCAUAUGCCUUACAAAGAUGUUGAGAUUGAGAUGGCCGGCGGUAGAAAAACUAUUGGCAAACGAAAGGACGCUCAGAUUUGUGGUCUUCCAAUCAUGCGAGCCGGCGAAUGUAUGGAGACUGCUCUUCGCUCAAUCGUCAAGGACUGCGUGAUCGGAAAAAUUUUGAUUCAAACCAACGAGACGACGUUUGAUCCAGAACUUCAUUAUAUACGUUUGCCACCACACAUAACUCGAUACAAAGUUAUCAUUAUGGACGCCACCGUAACUACUGGGAGUGCUGCGAUGAUGGCAAUUCGUGUACUUCUUGAUCAUGAUGUUAAAGAGGAAGACAUAUUUGUUGCAUCUCUGCUUAUGGGUCAACAAGGUGCACAUGCACUGGCUUAUGCCUUCCCGAAGGUUAAAUUAAUCACCACCGCAAUGGACCACCAAAUGACGGAAAAUUGCUAUCUGAUUCCCGGAAUGGGCAAUUUUGGUGAUCGAUAUUACGGAACCGGGCUCGAACAAGACAUGGACGAGCCAUUCGAUAUGUGAUCAUCUGUUAUCACAAAAAUGAUCAAUUUUCUUCAUAAUUUAUCAAAGUUUCUGUUUUCCUUCCAUUUCAUCUGAUGAAUUCCUACUUUCUUGUUCCUUUUCACUAACUUUAUUAUUAUAAUUAUAAUUAUUCAUAAUGUUCUUUCUUUCCCAUCAUCAUAUCCAUCCUUCUAUACAUUUUGUUUCCAUUUGUUGUUGAAAUUUUAUAUGCUAUUUCAUUUUUUGUCGUCCUUUUUUUCCGUUCUUCAUUUUAUUGACUUCUCUUCAUGAUUUCUGGCAUUCAGCUCGAUAAUUCAUUUAUACCCUGUUCUUUCUAGUGUUUUUUCGCGUUGUUUGUGACGGUUAAAUUCUUCCCUCUACAUCUUUGCGCGUUUCCACACAAAAAUCUGUACACGACAUUCGGUUUUCUCGUUGUUCCAUUUCUUUUUUGUUCAACGGAGCGCGUUUGUCGUUGCAGGAAUCGGUUUUAAUAUCAUCAUCCAUUCACGCAUUCUCUUUUUCAUGUUGUUCAUUGUGUUUUUCUUCAAUUUUUGUCAAGUUUCCUUCACACGUGCAUUUUAGUAAUUUCUUUCUAUAAUAAAUUGCAGUUUGUUAAA